GUCUCUAGACUCUACCAGGCGCGUAGGGCAGGGGCUCCGGGGAACUGGGGGGGCUGGGAGAGCUGGGCUUUGGGCUUUGCAUUAUCAAGUGCGCUCGCCCAGGGCUAUCCGCAGCCCUCAUCUUAGUGCGAGUCCAGCCCUGCACCCCUAACUUGUUGGCUUGGGUCGGCGUUGGAGCCGCCUCUGCACCCUCUCCCCCUCCUUAACUUUCUAAAUAGCUUCAGGGAAGAGGCGGGGUGAGAGGUGCGGUUAAAAGUCUGGAAACAGGUGUCUAAAACUUAAAAAGCUCAGAGGCGCCUCUCCACUUCUCAACUUGGUGAGUCAGAGAGAGGCACACAGGCCACACCGGCCACACCGCCGGGGGAGCGAGAGAGCGAGUCAGCUCCCUUAGGUCGCAGUGGCCGGUGUCUUCCCGAGCCACCGGCACCUAACCAGCAGAGUUGGGGGCUGAGCCCGCCGCUGGCCCCCCCAGAUCAACCUUGUCCGCCCGGGCAACGCUCCGAACUGCUUUGUGGUUACCAGCUGCCGGGUGCUUCUGACACAGUGCAAAGCCUGAAGAAGAGAAGAUGGACUGGAGCACACUACAGACUAUUUUGGGGGGUGUCAAUAAACACUCCACCAGCAUUGGCAAAAUCUGGCUCACUGUCCUCUUCAUUUUCCGCAUCAUGAUCCUGGUCGUGGCUGCUAAGGAAGUGUGGGGAGAUGAGCAGGCUGAUUUUACCUGCAACACUCUCCAGCCAGGAUGCAAAAAUGUGUGCUAUGACCACUUCUUCCCCAUCUCUCACAUCCGACUUUGGGCUCUGCAGCUGAUCUUUGUGUCCACCCCCGCCCUUUUGGUGGCCAUGCACAUCGCUUACCGGAGGCAUGAGAAAAAGAGAAAGUUCAUCAAGGGAGAGAUGAAGACUGAAUACAAAGACAUAGAAGAAAUCAAAAAACAAAAGGUUCGCAUUGAAGGUGCCCUGUGGUGGACCUACACGAGCAGCAUAUUCUUCAGAGUCAUUUUUGAAGCGGUCUUCAUGUACGUGUUCUACUUUAUGUACAAUGGAUUCUCCAUGACUCGAAUGGUGAAAUGCAAUGCUUGGCCCUGUCCCAAUACCGUGGACUGCUUUGUUUCUCGACCCACUGAAAAGACAGUCUUCACUGUUUUCAUGAUUUCGGUGUCUGGGAUUUGCAUACUGCUAAAUGUCAUUGAAUUGUGUUAUCUGAUGAUAAGAUAUUGUUCUGGGAAGUCCAAGAAGCCUGUUUAAAGAAUUUCCCAACUGCCAGAUAAAAGGUAGAUGAGUCAAAAUGGAUGUGGCAACUUCUGCUAGCUGUCAGGACACUGCCACCAAUAUUUCCCAAAAUACAGAAUACAAACCCUUUUUUUUUUUUAAGUCAUUAAUUGAAAUCCCUAUAGUCCCCACAUGACACUCCUGAUGACAGUGCCAGUAAUCUCCAGUUGGAGAUUUACUCUCUUAAGGCCUCACAGAAAGGUCCAAUUCUACCCGUUUUUAGCUUUUUGUUCUUUAAGACAAAAGUUAGCUGCAGUGACACCCUGUACCGGGAGCAUUCGUUCCAAGAUGCUUUUCUUUUUUAAAAGUGGGAAUGUGCUUUUGUUUCUCUGACUGCAAUAGUGGGAGUGGAGGGAACAUUAGAUCCUGGAAGGGCUAUGGGUGAGCUUGAUCGGUCUGUUUCUUCUGGUGAUGACUUCACUAAUUAACCACAAAUUAAAGCCGGACACAUAGAAAUCGGAGACUUUGUAAAAUGUAGCCACGUCAUUUGGAAGAGUUCAUUUCCAAGGCUGUACAGUUAUCUUAUGCUCUAACUUGCAUUAUGCUGGGUUGUUCUUGGUUUUUAAAUGUUAGAACAAGAUACAUCCUAUGAUCGACACAAUGCCCUGAUUACUCUGUACCUUUGCUGUUCCUCCUAUUUCAAAUCUUCAGCUUUGUAACAUGUACAUGACAUGUAUUUAGCUACUGUCUUUUACAUGUCUUUAUUUAAAAUACAGACUUUUGGUCAUGGAUAACUUGCAGUGAAAUAGAGAGGGCCUCUAAAAUAUUGGUGAUAUAGGGGGUAACAGUAUGUCAGCACCUCUCAAGGACUUUUCUUAGAAAUAGCCACAGAGAAGUGGUUACUCUUGAUUCAUGGUAGCAGGUCUCUGUGUACCCUAAACAGAAAAGUGAUAGUCUAUAAACAAUGAAAAGACUUGUGCUAAAAGUUGAGUGUUGGUGCACAUCUGGCAUCAGAUAGUAAUCAGUUGCUCUCCUAUAUUCUCCUAUGAUAUGUCGGCAUCAAAAUGGCAAUGAUUUUAUUAUAAUAUGUUCUGAAUACAAUAAGCUCCUUGAAGACAAGAACUGUUAUCAUUUUCAUCUGUGUCCCCGAUGUCUUGAAUAUAGUGGGUACUUAGUGAAUAUCUGAGUUGGGGCUUAGAUCAAUCUUGAUUAUUAAACAUAUGAAGUUCAGUUAUUUUCAAUAGUUUGUUUCCUUUAAGGGUUAAUAGGAAACUGAAAAACAUUAAAGCAGGAAUGUGGAAGGUGUGAUGAACAAAGACAAAACUAAGGAUUAGAUAAAUACAUCCGGGGUGUAAAAUAUGGUUAGCCGUUCCAUUAGGACAAGUUGAAUCCCAAUUGCACUCUGUUCUCAAACAAAGGUACUUUUCCUCAAAGGUACUAGCAUUGGGAAACCUUUUGUAAUAAUGAUUUUUUUUACUUGUAAGUUCAUAACUAAAAUAAUUGUGUAAUAUCUAAAAUUGUACUUGAAAGUAUUACAAAGCAUAAUGGAGUCAUGCAGAUGGCUAUUUUCAUUAGAUUAAAUUUUUAAUAAAACAUCAACUCAGUUUUA